AUGGCAAGUGUCGUGCGGCAGCUGGCCGGCAGCAGCCUCGUACUGCCGGCCAAGUCGCGGUCGCGUGGCCGGAGUGGGUUGUGCUGCCGGGCGAGCCUGCGCGGCGUCGGAAGCAACAGCACCAGCACCACCACGUCCGACCAGCGGCAGCUGGUGAGCAGCACCGACGAGCUUACGCUCGGCCGGGCAGACCCCGUUGCGGGCGCCGAGGACAGCGGCGGGAUCACAACGGGGGACGACGGCCCGGCGGAGGUGGAGAAGCUCCACGCGGUCGCGGAGGCGGCGGCGGACCGGGUCCAGAUGCACGACAUCAUCAGCAGGCAGCGGGACAACUGGAACCACCUGCUGCUCCACUCCACCAACUCCCUCGCGCUCGCCGCCUGCGUCAUGGCCGCGCUCGCGCCGGCGUCGACGAGCCUGCUCGCGCUCAAGGCGUCCGCGGGGGUGCUCCUGGCAUCGGCGGCUGUCACGAUGGCGGCGGUCAACAAGAUCCAGCCCUCACAGCUCGCCGAGGAGCAGCGCAACGCCACGAGGCUGUGGAGGCAGCUCGAGCGCGACGUCCGCGCAACGCUCGCGCUCGGCGCGUCGGCGGCGACCAAGGACGACUUCUUCCUGGAGGCCAUGGACCGGGUCCUCGCACUCGACGCCGCCCACCCGCUUCCGCUGCUCCCCGGCAUGCUGGAGAAGUUCCCCAACACCGUCGAGCCCGCGCGCUGGUGGCCGGAGAAGAACCCGGCUCGUCGGAGCGCGUCGUCCAACACCAGACAUGGCGCCCGGCGAGCUUCCGUGGCCGGCGACAACGGCUGGGCCCGGGAACUGGAAGAGGAGAUGAGAGGCAUCGCACGGGUGCUCAAGGUCAAGGACGAGCAGGAGUACCUGUCAUUCGGUAAGGCGGUGCUGAAACUUAACAGAGGCCUCGCAGUUGCCGGCCCGGCGCUGGCCCGCACAGCCGCGAUCGCCGCAACGUUCAUUGGGUCCGGCGACGCCGGGACGUCUUGGGCGUCCGGGGCGGCGGUCCUCGGCGGCGCUCUGGCCGCGGCGGUGAACACGGUGGAGCACGGCGGGCAGGUGGGCAUGGUGUUCGAGCUGUGCCGCAACGUCACGGGGCUCUACCGAAAGAUCCAGGACGACAUCGACGACAACCUCGACGAAGCCAACCUCGAGCAGAGGGAGAACGGCGAAUUGUUUGAGACCAAAGUGGCGCUGCAGCUUGGCCGGAGCCCGUCUGACCUCAGGCAGUUCAAGGAGAUGGCCUCGCCGUCGUUCAGGGACGAGGACAUCAGGAAUUUUGCCGGGGAACUUUUCUAG